UAGUUCUCAUUCUGCAGUCAUUGCUCUCUCUGCGUGUGACAGUCAGUUGUGUUGGAAGGAGGGUGAGCUGCUCAUUUAAGUAGAACUGCAGUGUGUCUGGUGGGACAGAAGGACAGACAACACGGAGCUACAAACACAAUGUUGCUAAGGGCCCUCCAUGUGGGGCUCCUCCUGCUGCUGCAACUCUCUGCGACACUGGAGGCAAAGCUGCAAUAUGCAGUUAUCUUCCCCGCAGAGAUGGUCUUUCCUCGUUCUGAACAAGCCUGUGUGCACCUGGAGGGGGCGGAAGGAGAAAGCCAGAUACAACUCACCCUACAUAUGGGCAAAAGUAACACAACGGUGAUAGAGAAGUCAUCCCAGCAGGAAUCCUACUUCAACUGCGUUACAUUUAAGGUGCCGCCUCCAUCAAAAGGGAAGAAAGAAGUGGCCACCAUGCAGGUUACUAUCCAGAGUGGAGGGGAGACAAUAAGCAACAGCAGUAAAGUCCUGGUGAAGAGAGCAAGAACCAAUCUUUUCAUUCAAACAGACAAAGCUGUGUACAAACCAGGACAGACAGUGAGAUUCCGAGUGGUUUCCCUUAAUGAAAACCUCCAACCAGGAGAAGGUCAGGUUCCAACCAUCGAAUUACAGGACCCAGGGAAGAACCGCAUUGGCCAGUGGCUGAACACGAGUCUCCAACAAGGAAUCGCUGAGCUCUCAUUGCCCCUCUCUUCCGAACCCUCAUUUGGAGAAUAUUCCAUUCGUGUAAAGGACACUGUCCAUGUCUUCAGUGUAGAAGAAUAUGUUCUGCCCAGAUUUGAGGUCAUUCUCCAACUCCCCAGAGUGAUUGCGGUUAACAGUAACCAAUUCCCUGUUAAGAUCUGUGCCAGGUACACUUAUGGGAAACCAGUGCAGGGAACCUAUAAAGUCAAUGUGUGCCGGAGGACUUACACGUAUUGGUUGAGUCGGUAUCCUCUGUGUGCUGAUUUCACUGGAAAGCUGAAUGAGACCGGCUGCUCCACAUUGGAUGUGAGUUCUUCUAACUUCCGUCUCCAGUUUAGGUUUUGGCAGAUUAGCCUGGAGGCAACUUGCUUGGUUACAGAAGAUGGGACAGGAAUUGAGAUUUCUGCAUCUGGUAAAUCCAAAAUUUCAACCAAACUCACCAUUGUGAGCUUUUUGGAUGUAGACAAUACUUUUAAGCCUGGGAUUCCAUACAGAGGGACAGUGAGGGUUGUAGAUGCCAGUGACACCCCCAUCCCAAAACAGUUAGUUUAUCUGAUCAAUGCAGGAGGGCUGGUGAACCAGACGUUGGUGACAGAUGAGAAUGGGCUUGCUCCCUUCAAGCUGGAGAACACAGCAGAGUGGAAAGGAGAGAUAUACCUGAUGGCUGAGACACUGAAGGAAAAGCCUGAUCCUGCUGAUUUCUAUAAAUACCUUACGUAUGGUUCAGCAAACCUUAGAAUCAGACGCUUCUAUUCCCGCAGCAAGAGUUUCAUAAAGAUUCACGCCCAGAAGGGGGAGCUCCCAUGUCAGGGGCAAAAAGAAGUCUGGGUGGAAUAUCUUAUCAAGCGCACUAGGCUUGGAAAACGGGCAAAACACUUGGAGUUACACUACCUGGUAGUUUCCAAAGGUGCAAUAAAGCAUUCUGACUUUUUGGAAGUUCCAAUAAAUAAGGAAGAGGAAGUCCAGAGGGGCGAGGUCCCCAUCAAACUCAGACUCAGUACCGACUUCUCUCCAACUCUUCGAGUUCUAAUCUACAUUUUACUCCCUGGUGGAGAGAUGGUGGCGGAUACAGCAGCAUUCAAGCUACAAAAAUGUUUUAGGAAUAAGAUAUCAGUUGGGUUCUCCCCAGAUGAAGUUCUACCAGGAUCAGAUGUUUCCCUACGAGUUCAGGCAGAUGCCGGGUCCCUCUGUGGCCUGAGAGUGGUGGAUCAGAGUGUGGUGCUAAUGAAACCUGACAAAGAACUGACAGCUGAUAAGAUUCAUGGUCUCUUCCUCUCCCCUGAGCUUGGAGAUGAUGAUGAUGAUCGAGCCUAUGAAUACAUCUGUCCAUCGCAUAGUAGACUUUCCAGACGCUUUAGAGCAGAGAAAGUUUAUGUUUUCAGUCUCUUUGAGAACUUGCGACUAAAAAUCAUCACCAGCGCUGACAUUAUGAAUCCUGAGAAGUGUCCAUAUGAUUAUUUUAUUAAGAGAAAGUAUGAAGUACAAACUCAAGACCGCUCAGCUGAAUUGAACUACCACGUCCAUUGGAUACCCCGCAAUGCAAGGGUAGUUAGACCUAUUGUGGUCCCAGAAGCAGAGAUCCCAGAAGCAGAGUCUGAGUCAGUUGAAAUGAUCCGAUCCUACUUUCCAGAGACAUGGAUAUGGGAGCUGCUACCUGUGGGUGAGUCUGGUACAACAGAGCUCCAUCACUCAGCCCCAGACACCAUCACAGACUGGAAUGCUGGAGCUUUCUGUAUGGGACCCAGUGGAUUUGGCAUCUCCCCACCAACCUCCCUUCGAGUCUUCCAGCCCUUCUUUGUGGAGCUCACUCUGCCGUACUCUGUGGUGCGAGGAGAGUCUUUCACUCUCAAGGCCUCUGUCUUUAAUUACCUAAGGGAAUGUAUGAAGGUUCAGACCUCCCUGAUGCCAUCACAAGAGUUAGAGGAGGAACCAUGUACUGACUGUCAGUUUAGCAGCUGUGUCUGUGCAGAGGAAAGCAAGACCUUCUACUGGAACCUUAAAGCCUCCAACCUGGGAGAGGUGAAUGUCACGGUAAAGACAGAGGCUCUGGAUACUCAGGACUUGUGCAAUAAUGAAAUCCCUAUUGUCCCUAAGCAGGGGAGAUCCGACACUGUGAUUAAGCUUCUACUGGUGCAGCCAGGAGGAGUACUGGAAGAAAAAUCUCAUAAUUCUCUGCUCUGCAGCCAAAAUGGAGAAGAUCAUCCUAAAACAGAGGAGAUAUCGCUAAAAGUUCCAGAAAAUAUUCUGAAGAAUUCCGAAAGAGCAUACGUCACAGUUCUAGGAGACAUAAUGGGAACAGCCCUGCAGAACCUGGACCAUCUCCUGGCCAUGCCGUAUGGAUGCGGGGAGCAGAACAUGGUUCUCUUUGCUCCCAAUAUUUUUAUUCUUCAGUAUCUUGAAAAGACUCACCAACUGAGCCCUGAGAUCCAGAGCAAAGCCAAAGGGUUCCUUGAAAGUGGGUACCAGAGGCAGCUGAUAUACAAACGGGAUGAUGGAUCAUACAGCGCAUUUGGGCAAAGAGACAAAGAGGGAAAUACAUGGCUGACUGCAUUUGUACUGAAGUCCUUCAACAAGGCUCGUCCCUACAUCUUCAUAGAUGAAAGUCACCUAAACCAAACUUUCUCUUGGCUGAAGAACAAUCGCAAUGAGAGUGGCUGCUUCCAGAGUGUGGGGAGACUCUUCAAUAAUGCUAUGAAGGGAGGAAUAGAUGAUCAAGUCUCUCUCUCUACUUAUGUAACAAUGGCUUUGCUGGAAGCUGGUGUAUCUGUCCAGAACUCAAUGGUUGCAGAUGCUUUAUCCUGCCUGAGGAAGGCUGCCAUAGAUGUGAGUAGUGUCUACACCCAGGCUCUGCUGGCCUACACUUUCACUCUGAGUGACGAUACUGAACUCAGGGACAUGCUGCUGGCUAAACUGGAGGAGAAGGCUGUAAGGAAUGAAGGACAGUUACACUGGGAGAGGAAACCUGCCACAGUUCCCUCUGAUUUAUCCUACUGGUCCCGGGCUCCCUCAGCUGAAGUGGAGUUGACCUCCUAUGUACUGCUGGCUCUUCUCUCUGGCCCCAACAAGGACCUGGGCAAAGCUUCUGAGAUAGUCAACUGGCUGAGCAAACAGCAAAAUCCUUAUGGGGGAUUCUCUUCUACUCAGGACACAGUUGUAGCUCUACAGGCUCUUGCUACGUAUGCCGAGGCCACAUUCACUGACAAGGGAGAUGUAACAGUCACAGUCAGUUCCAAGACUGGAUUCCAUCAACAGUUCCAUGUGGAUCACACUAACCGCCUCCUGCUACAGAAAUCCUCACUGUCAGAUAUCCCUGGGGAGUUCUCUGUGUCAGUCACUGGGAGCGGCUGUGUGUAUGUACAGACUGUCCUGAGAUACAACAUUCCCCCACCUAGAAGUGAUGCCACCUUCUCAGUACGAGUGGAGACACAACCAGACAAAUGUCCUCAAGGUUCAUUAAAAGUGAUAAAGAUAAACAUCACUGCCCAAUAUACAGGAUCUCGGGAGAAAUCAAACAUGGCUGUGAUCGAGUGUAAGAUGCUCUCUGGAUUUAUCCCAGUGAAGAGCUCAGUGAGAGAACUGGAGAAGAGCAAAACCAUAAAGCGGAGUGAGAUUCAGACAGACAUGGUGACAUUAUACUUAGAUGAGCUGCGACAUGAGCCUCUCCAUCUCUCCUUCAUGGUGGAACAAGACAUUGUGGUGAAGAAUCUAAAGCCGGCCACUAUUAAAGUCUAUGAUUAUUAUGAGACAGGUGAAGAAGCAGUUGCCGAAUACAACUCCCCCUGCAGCUCUGGUGAGAGCCCCCCACCAACGCCAUAUAAUGAAUUUACUGGGGUUCAUAUUCCAAUGGAGCAGACUUUUUAAGGCAUUUUGGCACAUUCCCUGAGGUUCUUUUGAAAUGAAUAGUUUGCUAUAUACAGGUUGAACACAGCGUCAAAACAAUUUUCUCAAUUGUAGAUUAUAGUUAGACACCAUGUUGAAAUAUAUUGAAUAUUCUGCAUCUGUACUAUUAAAGGGAGGUGAAUAGUUUAUAGUCCAUAGAAAAAUAACCCCAUCCAAAUGAUACAUAUCUAACCCAUCAUUAGCCUAAAUCUCAUUACUAAGGACCCUACUGGAAAAAACGUUGAAAUCAUUGAUGCAAUUCAUUUUGUUUUGUUCAAUAUUUACUCGUUAUUUCAUUUCUAGAUGAGCAAGUAUAUUUUUUUUUAUAAACAGUAACAGUAAGUUAGGUGGGAAAAAAAAACAUCCAUCAAGUUCAUCCUUUUCACUUUUUUUUAACAUGUCUAACUGCCAGUUGAUCCAGAGGAAGGCAAAAAAAACCCAUGUGAAGCCUCUCGAAGGGACAAAAACUCCUUCCUGACUCCAAAAUGGCAAUGGGACCAGUCCCUGGAUCAACUUGUACUAUGAGCUAUCUCCCAUAUCCCUGUAUUCCCUCACUUAUACUAUGAGUUAUCUCCCAUAUCCCUGGAAUGACUGAAGGGCUCAUUUACGACCACAAGUGCAAUUUUGAGCACAGUCAACAUGUUAUUUCCCUAUAGUGCAUCAUUUUUCACAGAUUCCCAGCAUCAUUGAAGUCGCUAUUGUGCCUGAUUUGCCAAAAUUAUCUUUUUUGUUUUUUUAUUCUCAUCCUAUUACCCUGAAUUUAUUUUCCACUUAUACGCUAACCUUUUGUUCUUUUUAGUCAUUUUUCAUUUUUAUUUUUUUUCCAAUGUAAGGUCAAACUUUGCUGUGAAAUAAAAAAAACAAAAAAAAAAACGGAAUUUUAAUAUUUACAGUCAUACAGACUUAUUGAGAAGCCGUAAGUGUGCCGUCACCAGCUCAGACCAGGAGAAGUGCAUUGAAGUGCAGAGAUCUUCCUCAAUUCCCUGUUACUUACACCAUAUUUUUUAGUGGAAAAGUCCAAAAAAUGA